CUCAAAACUGAAAACACGCUUGUUUCGUGUGAUUGUGAUUGAAGAUAUUUUUCAAUAAAAUUGUGCUUAAUAUUAAAUACCGGAAACAUAUAAUUACUAGACUAACUGAAAAAUGGAGUAUAUAUCUCCAGAAAAUGUUACGGCUUCCGACAGCACACGAAUACUAUGUUGUCAGUGUGCAGUGCCGAUAGAAGCAAAUCCCUCAAAUAUGUGUGUAGCAUGUUUGAGGGCUCAUGUCGACAUUUCUGAGGGUGUCCCUAAACAGGCUACACUCUUCUUCUGCAGAGGAUGUGAAAGAUAUCUUCAACCACCUGCGGAGUGGGUGGUAGCUGCACUUGAGUCCCGCGAGCUGCUUGCCCUCUGCCUGAAGCGGCUGAAAGGCCUGAACAGGGUCAAGCUGAUAGAUGCAGGGUUUGCCUGGACUGAACCCCAUUCCAAGAGGAUUAAAGUGAAACUAACAGUACAAGGCGAAGUAAUGGGAGGUGCAGUUCUCCAGCAAACUUUUAUCGUUGAGUUCAGCAUCCAGCACCAGAUGUGUGAUGCCUGCCACCGUUCCGAGGCUCAAGAUUACUGGCGCGCGCUGGUGCAAGUGAGACAACGCGCGAAUAACAGGAAGACAUUCUACUAUCUUGAGCAGCUAAUAUUGAAGCAUAAGGCGCAUGAGAAUACACUAGGGAUUAAGCCUAAUCAUGAUGGUUUGGACUUCUUCUACACAACAGAAAGCCACGCCCGCAAGAUGGUAGAUUUCAUACAAUCCGUGCUUCCCAUGAAAUGCCAGCAUUCCAAGAAGUUAAUAUCGCAUGAUAUACACAGCAACAUAUACAACUAUAAGUUCACAUUCAGUAUAGAGAUUGUGCCGCUGUCUAAAGACAGUGUGGUGUGCCUUCCGAAGAAGUUGUGUCAGCAACUUGGAGGCAUUUCUCCUAUCUGUUUGGUGCACAGAGUUACCAGCACUAUACAUUUGAUAGAUGCAAAUACUGGGCAGGUGUGUGACGUCUCAGCUACCGUGUACUGGAGGAACCCAUUCAAUCCAAUUUGCAAUCCAAAGCAGCUGGUGGAAUAUAUCGUUAUGGAUAUUGAUAUUUUAAAGGAACAUGAAAAGAAGUCAUUCCCCGGUCAAGGCAUGUUGUCCAACAAGCACGUGGUGGCCGACGUGUGGGUGGUGAAAGCUAGCGAGCUGGGACUGGACGUGAGCCCCAUCCACACUAAGACACAUCUUGGACAUGUGCUCAAACCUGGUGAUACUGUCAUGGGCUACAACCUCGGCGACUCCAACGUGAACGACUCUAACCUAGACAAGCUCGACCGCUCCGUGGUCCCCGACGUGUUCCUCGUGAAGAAGCAGUACGGCGAGCGCGCCGCGCGCCGCCGCGCACGCAACUGGAAGCUCAAGCACAUGGCCGAAGAGCUUCAUGACGGAGCUAGCUCUACCAACGACGACUACAACGAGUUCCUGGACGACCUGGAGGAGGACCCGGCCUUCCGGCAGAACAUCAACAUCUUCAAGCGCGGCGACGUGGCCGUGGACACGGACGACAUCGACCCGUCGCUGCCGCGCAUCACGCUCGCCGAGAUGCUCGACGAUCUCAACAUUGAGGACGUUGAGAUGAGCGAAGUUUGAUAAAUAACUUUGUAAUCUGAAAUAUAAUUGGUCAUUUUUAGGGUUCCGUACCCAAAGGGUAAAAACGGGACGCUAUUACUAAGACUUCGCUGUCCGUUUGUCUGUCUGUCUGUCACCAUGCUGUAUCUCAUGAACCGUGACUGCUAGACGGUUGAAAUUUUUCACAGAUUAUGUAUUUCUGUUGCCGCUAUAACAACAAAUGCUAUAAAAGUACGGAGCCUUCGGUGGGCAAGUCCGACUCGCACUUGUCCGGUUUUCUGUUACAGAUGUAUUUUCUAACUUAAACGUCAAUUGUAUAACAUGUGAUCAUGUGAUAUUCAACAUCAUUGUAAUUCAUGGGGAUGUUAUUUACAUUGUCACCUUUAGUCCCUAUAUCGCAUUAGAGAAUGACAGGAAAGAUUAAAAAGCACUGCAACAAUACUGUUUUCACACAACAAGGUAUUCUAAAACCCGGAAUUUCGUCAAAUACUGUUGAAACCCAAAGUUAAUGUUUUAUAUAUAUAAAUAAAUCGUAUGAUCAUACA